GUCCCUUGUCAUUGGUAUUUCCGGGGCAGCUUCCACAACAUCCAACGUGACAACAUGGGUCUGUUCAAGAAGCUAGCCAACUCCCUCGGGAUGAAGAAGCAGUCGGUUCGCAUCUUGGUCGUGGGCCUCGACAACAGCGGCAAGACGACGCUUGUCAACCACCUCAAGCCCAAGAAGCUCCAGUCGCAUGAAGUGGCGCCCACCGUGGGGUUUCAAGUGGAAGAGUUCACAAAGUACAACCUCAGCUUCACCGUGUUUGACAUGUCUGGGCAGAGUCGGUACCGGUCGCUGUGGGAAAACUACUACACGGACGUUCAGGCGAUCAUAUUUGUCAUGGACUCGACAGACACGAUCCGCAUGUGCGUUGCCAAGGACGAACUGGAGCAAAUCAUUCAGCACAAGGACUUGUGUUCCAAGAAGAUUCCCAUCCUCUUCUUCGCCAACAAGAUGGACUUGGCGCAUUCGCUUACUCCAGUGGAAUGCAUGGGGCACCUAGAACUCGACAAGCUCACCAACAAGACAUGGCACAUCACGGCGAGCAAUGCCAUCUCAGGCCACGGCGUGGAGGAAGGCAUCCAGUGGCUCGCGGACCAGUUGGGCAAAGCCAAGUCGAGAAAGUGAUCCCGUUCCUACUACUAGGAUAGUAGUAACACCCAACCACAAACGAUAUGUAUCGUACUAGUAGUACUA